AUGGCAGUUCGCGCUCAAUUUAAAGGAAAUAAUGAAGUUGGAGUUUUUGCCAAACUGACAAAUAGUUAUUGCUUAGUUGGGAUGGGAGGUUCUGAACAUUUCUACAGUGUUUUUGAAGGUGAAAUAGGGGACACAAUUCCUGGUGUCCAUGCGAGCAUUGCUGGUUGUCGUGUUAUAGGCAGAAUGUGUGUUGGAAAUCGUCAUGGUUUGCUGGUCCCCAACACAACUGUUGUCACAAUAACUAACUUGGCCCUGACUGUUGUCAGGAAAUCGUCAUGGUUUGCUGGUCCCAAACACAACAACAGACCAGAGCUGCAGCACAUAAGGAAUGCCCUGCCAAACACCGUCAAGAUUUACAGAGCUGAAGAGAAGUUGUCUGCCCUGGGGAAUGUGAUUGCCUGCAAUGAUUAUGUGGCACUGGUACACCCAGAUUUAGACAGGGAAACAGAAGAUUUACUGGUUGACACACUCAAUGUUGAAGUCUUUCGUCACACAGUCGACAACAUCGUCUUGGUUGGCAGUUACACAGUAGUUAGUAAUCAAGGAGGCAUGGUCCCCCCUAAAACAUCCGUGGAGGAUUUAGAUGAGCUCUUGUCCCUGCUUCAAGUACCUCUUGAGGCAGGUACAGUAAACAGAGGCAGUGAGGUUCUGGCUGGGGGCCUUGUGGUCAAUGACUGGAUGGCCAUCUGCGGCCAUGAUACCACCUCCACAGAAGUCUCUGUCAUAGAGAAUGUCUUCAAGCUGAGUGAUCAUGAGCCCUCACAGAUACAGAUGAGCGAUUCUUUAAUUGACACGCUGUCAUAAGGUUUACUAUGAAAGGGAAGCAAGAUGUGAAAAACCUCCAGGAAUUGUGAAACAGGACUACAUUUGUAUACAUAACCAGUGGCAUUUUUUUCUGUACAAAACAUUUGUAUAUUAUCCUGUAUCUGGUUCAUGUUAUGAUGACUACCAUUGAUAAUACUGCCAAUAAAUUAUGGUACAUCAUUCAAAGAUUCAU